GCCAUCAUGGCGUCCGCCACGGUGGACAGAGGGAGUUGGUUUCCAGCGUUAGCUUUGGGGGUUUCCCUGCUCAAAGCUCUGUUUAUCAACGCCUAUCACUCCACAGACUUUGAGGUCCACAGGAACUGGUUGGCCAUCACACACAGCUUGCCAGUGUCGAGGUGGUAUCACGAGAACACAUCUGAGUGGACGCUGGACUAUCCGCCGCUAUUCGCCUGGUUUGAGUUCGGCCUUUCCCAUGUCGCUCGGCACUUUGACAACGAGAUGUUGGCCGUGGACAACCUGAACUACGCCAGUCCGGCCACCGUCCUCUUUCAGAGACUCUCUGUUAUCUUCUCCGACUUGCUUUUUAUCUACGCGGCCAGAGAGUGCUGCAGGUGUGUUCGGAAUCGGAGAGGUGCCCGGGACAUAUUUAAUCGUCCGUCUUUUGUCCUUGCUGUCCUGCUGCUCUGGAACUUUGGCCUUCUAAUUGUUGAUCACAUUCAUUUUCAGUACAACGGCUUCCUCUUGGGUUUCCUGCUGCUGUCUGUCGCCAAACACCUGCAGUCUCAGCACCUGCAGGGGGCGCUGCUCUUUGCCAUCCUGCUCAACCUGAAGCACAUCUACCUGUACGUUGCUCCGGCGUACGGCAUCUUCCUUCUGAGGAGCUACUGCUUUACGGAGGACGACAUUGGCGGCUCCAUAAAAUGGAGGAGCUUCAGUCCGCUUCGCCUGCUCGCCCUCGGCAGCAUCGUGGUGGCCGUCUGCGCGCUUUCCUUCGGCCCGUUUAUUGCCAUGGGUCAACUUCCUCAGGUGCUGUCCCGCCUCUUCCCCUUCAAGCGAGGCCUCUGUCACGCCUACUGGGCGCCAAACGUGUGGGCCCUCUACAACGUCCUGGAUAAAAGCAUGGCCAUUCUGGGUGUUCGUUUGAAGCUUCUGAAUGAGACAACGCUCCCUCAGGCCUCCAUGACGGGCGGUUUGGUUCAGGAGUUCCAGCACUCGGUCCUUCCCUCUGUAACUCCGUCCGUCACACUCGUCUGCACUCUGCUGUCCAUUCUGCCGGCGUUGUCGUCCAUCUGGUGCCGUCCUCGUGGCCCUCGAGGGUUCCUGCGCUGCCUGCUGCUGUGCGCGCUCGCCUCUUUCGCGUUCGGCUGGCACGUCCACGAGAAAGCCAUCCUCAUCGCUAUUCUGCCUCUCAGUCUGCUGGCAGUGGAGAGCAGAGAGGAUGCUGGGAUCUUCUUGCUUCUGAGCACCACGGGUCAUUACUCACUAUUCCCGCUGCUCUUCACUCCAGCAGAGCUGCCCAUCAAAUAUGCGCUGAUGCUGAUGUUCACCAUCUUCUCGUUCGAUGCCUUGGGGAAACUCCACAGUGCGCAGGGGUCUUUGCUGCGUCCACUGGAGGCGGUCUACCUGUCGGGCCUGGUUGUGGUGGCCGUCGCCUGCGAGCUAGUCUUUCCUCUGUCGCCGUGGCAACAGAAGCUACCAUUCCUGCCGCUGCUGGCGACAUCCGUGUAUGCCUCGCUGGGCGUCUCCUACUCCUUCGUGCGUCUAUACAUCACAAUACUGCGGCGGGGCGGUGGCAGAAAAUCCAAACAGCUGUGAGACGCCAGGUUGCGGAUUUGAUUCCUGCACUGAAUGUGAAGUUAGUCGGCCGGGCAACAAGCAGGGACGCAACUGGACUGUUUCCCACAAGGGAUCAGUAAAGUUUCUGCUUUAAUGAUAACAGCGCUUCAGCGUGUGUUAGCCUGUUAGCGUGUUUGUGUCCCAUUGUUUAUUAUCCUGAAUAGAUAUGUAUUUUUAUUUCCCAUUUUUAAUUAAAGACAA